UUGGCACGCUUGCCACAAAUAUACAUGAGGGGCUUGGACCAGAACUUGGAUCUCCACGGCUCCGUGCAGCGCGUCUGCCAAUUCCUGGGUCGGCCGCUGGGUGAGGAGGCGCUGGGCUCCGUGGUGGCGCACUCAGCUUUCGGCGCUAUGAAGGCCAACACCAUGUCCAACUUCACGCUGCUGCCUCCCAGCCUGCUGGACCAGCGCCACGGUGCCUUCCUCCGGAAAGGCGUGUGCGGUGACUGGAAGAACCACUUCACGGUGGCGCAGAGCGAAGCCUUCGACCGUGUCUACCGCGAGCAGAUGCGGGGGCUGCCCACCUUCCCCUGGGACGUCCCCGAGGACGCCAGCCCGGACCCCGAUCCCAGCCCCAGCCCCCCCGAGGCCUCCGAGCCCCCCAACCCGUGACUCUGAGAAUAAACGCUGCGCUCCUG